AUGCAAUAUGGUCCCGUCCCCGACUUUCCCAUCAAGGGUAAGAUCGUUGCCAUUACCGGCGGCGGUUCUGGCAUCGGCUUGGCUCUUGCGAAGCAGUGCCACGAGCGAGGAGUGAAGGUACUGAUCGGCGACCUGAAGCUGGUCCCAGAAGCGGAGUUCAUCACCCAAGUCCCGGCAGGUGAAGUGGUAAACACCCACUGUGAUGUGACAUCCUGGAGGUCGCUUCACGACCUCAUCACAACAAGCGUCGAGAAGGUUGGAGAUGUUCCAGAUGUGUAUGUUGCAUCUGCCGGUGUUUUUGAGCCGCCGUGGUCGAAUUUCUGGGAUGAUAAUGAGGAAGAGUCAUACAAGAUGAUUCAGAUCAAUGUCAGUCAUCCCGUCAAACUGACCCGCCUAGCCAUGCGAGCUCUUGCCGGCGCAAAGAAGCAAGGUGUGGUGGCACUUCUCGCAUCGUCUGCUGGCAUCCGAGGCAACUAUCUCGCCAGCUUAUACGUCACUUCCAAGCAUGCUAUUGUCGGCUUCACCAAGUCCAUGGGCCAGGCCGAUAUCGAAGAAGGUGUGAAGAUAGUAUGCAUCAUGCCAGGAAUGGUGCAGAGUCCACUUUGGGAAGAUCGAGCCGAUGAAGUUGCUACUGCCACCCAGUAUUAUGAGCGGCUGAAGACGGCCCUGCAGCCUGCCGAUAUUGCUGAUAAUCUGAUUCGCAUGAUUGAGAGUAAGGGGUAUGGCGGGGGAAGUUGCGUCCUCAAGACCAAGACCGAGGAACGCAUUGUCGAGGAGGGACAUGCGAAGAGUCUGGGAAAGUAUGAUCCAUCGCCACGUCCAGAACCCGACCUGGAUCGUAUCAAGAAGUUGUUAGAAGAAGAGAGAGGCAAGCCGUGGUCGUGA